CAUCACGUGCUGGCCCGCAGGGGCGGUAUUGAUGAGGGGUGGGUGGCGAUUCUGCCAGGCGCCGGGGCAGGAAGGGAGGCGGCCGCCGUGCCAUUCUUAAAGGGGCCCGAGGGAAGGCGAGAGGCUGCUGACGGCCGGAAGGAAAAUGAGUGAGUCUUUGGUGGUUUGUGAUGUUGCUGAAGAUUUAGUGGAAAAGCUGAGAAAGUUUCGUUUUCGCAAAGAAACGAACAAUGCUGCCAUUAUAAUGAAGAUUGACAAGGAUAAACGCCUGGUGGUACUGGAUGAGGAGCUUGAGGGAAUUUCACCCGAUGAACUUAAAGAUGAACUACCUGAACGACAACCUCGAACCUUCAUUGUGUAUAGUUAUAAAUACCAACAUGAUGAUGGAAGAGUUUCAUAUCCUUUGUGUUUUAUUUUCUCCAGUCCUGUUGGAUGUAAGCCUGAACAACAGAUGAUGUAUGCUGGGAGUAAGAAUAAGCUAGUCCAAACAGCUGAACUAACCAAGGUAUUUGAAAUAAGAAAUACUGAAGAUCUGACUGAAGAAUGGUUACGUGAGAAACUUGGAUUUUUCCACUAAUGUGAACUUCUGUGUUUCUAAAGUAUUUAUGUAUUAACCUGGCCAUACUGGAACCAGACAUAAAUACUUAUUUAUGCCUAAAAAUGCACUGUUAUUUACAGUUUUGUUUCCUUUUCCAGUAAAGAAAAAUUCUUCAUUUGUGCAAAGUUUGAACAAAGAGGAAAUUAUCUUCAUAGUAAUGAAACUUUGUAAAGUGUUUCCUUAUAUUUGUAAUUGUUAGAUGGACUACUUCUCUCCAGGAACUUUUUGCACUCCUGUGACUAAUUUCUAUAAUGAAUGGUUCAGAAUUUGUUACUAUUUACAGACACCACUGGAAAGUGGAUAUUCAGUUGUGAUAGACAGCAGUUGCCUCCUUUGGACAAAACUGGAUAUUAGCAAUUUAUAUAUGAAAAUAGCGAUUAUCACUUGUCAAAUCUUUGAAAUUAAUUUGGGGUUAAAGACUUGAGUGUUCCAAUUUUGAGCCAUGAAUAAUAAUUUACUGUUGUGUAUUCUGCAUCACAAGUAUGUUUUUUCAUCAAUCUGUACCUUUUUUGGUUCCCUAUAUCUUUAUAAUCAGGUUUGGAAACUAUCACUCAUUCAUUCUUCAGUUCUGGGAGUUAGAUUUUAUGAUAAAAUUAUGACUGUUGGCUUUUCUUCUUAUGGAAAUAGCACUUUAGUCUUAGAAAUUGGUGGGUUGUAAUUAAUCAAGGGCUUCAUUCCUGGUUAUAUCAGUUUUAGAUAGUUUUGAACCUAAAUUAAUAACACUUAAUAAAGUACCUCCUAAUGUCCUAUGAACACUAGUUAUUUUAAAUGUGUUAAUACUGUGCCUUUGAUUUGUUAACUUUGAAGUUAGUUUAAAAUUUUUGCACUGCCAGUAUUCCAGAUUUGAUGAAAUUAAUACUUUUUUAAAGGGUCCAAAUAAAAAGUUUUCUAGUGUGUAUAUCCAAAAUUUGUAAUAAAACCAACUUCAUAUUUUUAAAAUUCCAGCUAUCUGCUUGCGUUGGUGAAUACAUGGCAGUUGAGAGUUACAAUUUUGGGUAUAUUUAUGAUUAGGUUUGUACCAUAGAAAAAUGACUUACCUUAAAACUUUGACCAUAGUUAAUAUUAGCAUAUCAGUAGAAAUCCUAUCUUAUAUCCUAAAUGUCACAAGAUAUUCUAAAUUGGACACCUGAAUAGUUAACUAGACCAGACUAGUUAACUGGCAUAAAGCAAGGAUUCUAAUAUAUAGUGUACUUUAAAAACAAAUGUAUAGGAAAACUGUUUAACAUUAAUUUGACUGAAGGCCUAGAGACUCUAUGUAGAGACUAAUUUGGUGAGUGAAUUCUUACAUUAAGAAUAUCUUAGUCAUUUCAGAACUAGAAGAGACUUUUUUUAUGUUGAUAUAUUUUCCAUUCAUGUGUUCUUUGUGUCCUUUUUGAGAUUUCUAUGCCAACUUUAAUAUAGAGGAAUACAGUUGGAAUUUUCACAGUACUGAAUAGAGCAUCUUCUCUUCCCAACACUUGUAACUUACUGUUUGGUGUCAUUAAUCUAGAAAUCAAGAAGCAAUAGAAAGUUAGAGAUGAGAAAGUUAGUAGAGCAGAUAUUUGUUUUUUUUAAAUGAAUAGAAAAGAGUCUUGAUUCCAAUAAUUUCCAGAGAGAGAGAGAAUUUCACCCAGGAAGUUUUUGAAUUCUUUAAGCAGAUAUUUUGAUAUUGGAGAAUAGCUUGCUCAUUUAGAAUUCUGUAGAAAUACAAAUGUAAUAAAAGAGAAUGGAGAAUGUUUUUAAUGUUUUUGAAUGAGGAAUUAAAACUUUGUUUCCCCUGGUUCACAGCAAUAAGAAAAAGUUGUAAAAUGUAUUUUUAAAUGAGGUUCCUUGUUUUGUCUUGGGUUGGGUUUUUUUGCGUGUAUAUUUUUUAAUUUGAAAGCUCUGUCUUCCAUAAUGCGAGAUAAUCAGAUAAUAUUGACCUGCCAUACAUAGAAUUCUUAGUUCACUCUUCCCUAAUGGGAAAAUUGCUGUGACAAACCAUGUUUUAUUGAGCUUGUCUGACUUUCUUCAAUAACAUGUAUUUUGCAAGAUUGAGAUUAGGGAAUCAGCACAAUUUUUUACUCUCCUGAAUACCAUUAAAUGUCCUAAAGAGAGACUUAGAAAUACUAUGCUCUCAAAUAUUCUCAAGUUUUUAUUAGAUUUCCCUUUUAUGUGACCAAAUUUUGCAUUGUUCUUUCAAGUAUAUUUCCCAUACAAUCUCUUUUUUUCUGCCUUCUCUCAAGUAGUAAUUCCAGAUUUCGUAAUUCCAGUUUUAACAUUCCAUAGCAUUCUAGUACAGACUAUUCCCGUUCAAUCUUCAAUCUUAAUCUUUCCUUUUUGGCAGCAGAUUUUGGUCCUGGGAACCUCUUUCAUGGUCUUCUAAAUCAGCAUUAGUUUUGAAAUUGUUGGCCUUGCAUAAGUUCUGCGUAGCAUCUGAUGUCAAAAUAAAACCAACUAGUAAUCAUGGUACGUUUUAGUAUGGUUUUUGUGGCAACUUAAAUGACGUAUGAAGAAAACUAUUCUCAGGUUACUAUGCUGAAAUUCCAAAAUGUCUGAGUUUUGAAUAGUAUUCACUUUGUUAUGGUAUUGAAGCAAUUAUGUUAGGAAAAAAGUUGGUCGACUGGCUGUUUUUGUUUAAUUGACUUCUAAAAUAUACAUUUAAAUGGUGUGUUUCUAAAAAGUUUACUAAAUGCCUCAUGCAGUUAAACAUACUGUUAAAUAGUUUGAGGGUAUUGCUAAAUUUUUUAUUGUCAUUACUAAAUAAUCUUUGUAGCAAAAAAUGUCUGUCAGCACUUUUCCCUCCCUUUUUAUCUCCUAUUUUCAGGAGUCAAGUGUAGCCAUAACUGAAUCCUGGUCUGACAUUUAACUAAAAAUUUAGUUAGGGAGUUUAUUGCCAAAUUGAAUUUGGUCAUUUAUCCCCCACCUAUAUAGACAGAAAGGAAGACAUACUUAAAAAAAUGUUUGGACUACUUUUAAAAACCAAGCAAUGUCAUUAAUCCAUAAAGUGGACUAGUGAUGAAUAGAUAUUUUCAUAAGAGUUUAAAUGCUGAUAUUUGGUGGAAGUAGAGAGUAACUUGUAAUCUGUCUAUUCAAAUAUUCUUAGUAUGUUUGCUUUCCCUAUUUGUUCAACAGACUGAUAAUACUGGAAUCUUUACAGAAUUUGAGCCUUUACAACUUAAGUGAAGGAGUGUCUCAAACAUUUCUGGUCAAAUCUUAUGUAUUUCUGGAAGAAUGUAAACAAUCUUCUAGGUCACUUAAAACCAAUGCUCACAAGUUGAAUGUUCUUGAGAAAUAUGUCUCCUAUUAUGCCGUUUGACAUUUCAAAUCAAUGAUCAUGUUCCUGUAAUAUUUAAAACAAUUACAUUAGGGCCAUGAUAGAAACUGUGUUUUCUUGCUUUUGGAACAUAGUUCAUACACAUGGUAAUUACUUGAAUGUUGUUUGAGAACACUAACAUGCCAGGACAGUUCUUUUAUAUAGUCCUAUAUAAUCUCAUUCAAGAGGCUUGAAACGUUAGUGGUCAAUCUUGUGAAUUUUAACGGUUCUCUGUCGUCGUUUAACAAAAUCAACAACUGGCACAAAUUCUUAUGCUGUGGUUUCAGUCUCUGCUAGCUCAUAUUGCAUGUUUAUUUUGGACAGUCUUUUGUUAAGCAUGGUGCUUGUACUGAUUUAAAUAAAAAGUUAACAUAAAAGGA